AAUCAUUAUAAAAGAUGGCAUUUAAAGCAAGUGUAAAACGACUCUGCCUAGGAUUGGCUGUUUUGGCCUAUAUGGGCAUCGGAGCCGAAGCUAAUAUUUUCGGAUACUUCAAAGGCAUAUGUGACGAUGUUUGCAAGCAGUGCAAAUACGACUGUGAGGCAAAGUACAAGGCGGGUACUUUCAAAAGAUGGAUGUGCAAAGGUAACUGCAAGCUGCUUACGAAGAAGUGAUAUUGACAAGUGUA